AGGAACAAGUCAUCAGGAUGCCUGAACCCGCCAAGUCUGCGCCCAAGAAGGGCUCCAAGAAAGCCGUGACCAAGACGGCCGGCAAAGGGGGCAAGAAGAAGAGAAAGACCAGGAAGGAGAGCUACGCCAUCUACGUGUACAAGGUGCUGAAGCAGGUGCACCCCGACACGGGCAUCUCCUCCAAGGCCAUGAGCAUCAUGAACUCGUUCGUCAACGACAUCUUCGAGCGCAUCGCGUCCGAGGCUUCCCGCCUGGCUCACUACAACAAGCGCUCCACCAUCACCUCCAGGGAGAUCCAGACCGCUGUGCGCCUCCUGCUGCCCGGCGAGCUGGCCAAGCACGCCGUGUCUGAGGGAACCAAGGCCGUCACCAAGUACACUAGCUCCAAGUAAACAAGCUGUUUGCUAUCAACACAACAAAGGCCCUUUUAAGGGCCACACACAUGCAACUUUGAGUAAAACUCCUGGAAUUCCGUGGUCCACUAUGUGUUUAUUAUAUUUAUUUUUUAUUCUUUCGAACUGUGCAGCUACGUUUAAAAUGAUCUUUUCUUGAAUCCAGGCUUUUCUGGAAGUACCAAAUUCAUAUUGUUUCACCCAAAUUUAGACCUAAUAAUUGUUCACUAAGAAAUUAGCAGAUGUGAUCACCUGAUCAAAUGAGCAUGAGGAAAUACAGUAGUUAAACCAGACUGAAAUGUUUUUCUCUAAGUGGGAUGGUUGUGUUUUACUUUAGAAAACAGUUCCUGAGUAGCUCAUGCUGUCAUACUCACUGUUGCCUGUUUCAGAAAACUGGCUUUUUGAAUAAUCAGGGUUGUUUCUGGGGUAAAUGGGAUGAAUCUACUCUGGUUUUUCUGUUUCAGAGAAUUGAGCCUUUACCCUGAGUCCAUUUAUGACAAACAGCUCGGUAGCAGGGUAUUUUCAUGGAGCAGAGUUGUUUUGGCUAACUGAGUUUUCUUCUGAACAACUUUGUGCUGCAUUUAGUUUUUAUGCCAACCAGUGGCUUUUCAUUAUGAAGAAGAUACAUUCUCUGAAGUGAACGUCCUUGAACAGGAAAAAAAAUAAUCAGGACCCCCCAUCACCUAUAAGAUGAUUUAGAGCCACAAACACAGCAGAGCUGUCAGUCAUUAUUUCUUAUAGUUUAAAGGUGUUCCAUAAUCAGAUAUCUGCAAGAUUAAGAACUAUAACUAUAAAAUAACUACAGAGAUUGAAAACAGUAAUUUAUUCUGUAUCAUAUUUUCAGACUGCUACUUCAGCUCUAAUUAUUACUAAAUGAUUACUAUAAAGUGAUAUUGGCACACAUUAAACACCGUCAAGAAUUUUUUAGAAGGAUAGGUGAAGCCAAAUUCUGGCGAAAUAUUAACAUAUCACCUUUUUCAAUAUUUUGCACUAUCCCAUCAUUAAUUGCAAAUGUUGAAUUUAGACAAUUAUUGCUUUAGUUGAUUAAAGUUACACAUAACUUAAAGUUGAACAAUACCUGAUUAAAUGAUAUUUUCUACUUCUUGGUUUUCUUGCAUUUUGCUGUUAAAAGAGAGAAGUGUGAGAACACAGCUUUAAUUAUCCAUCAAAUAAAACUCAUAUCACUCAUGCAUUGACUUUUUCAGCAAUUCUCUACAACUAACUCGCUUUUUCUGCUCCAACAGCAUUGUUUCUUUUUGGUUAAGGUAGAGAUGUUGCACUCUUUUGUCACUUUGAACAUCUUCUCUGCUAACUUCUAAUAAAUGUUUGUGU